GUCAUGCACCUGGUGCUAGCCAUCCUGGAAAUCUGCGUUAUAGCUGUUUUAUCCACGGAAAUUCAUGUUUCUAACAAUGGCGUUGAUAAUGCGUCAUGUGGACGUAGAGCAAAUCCAUGCAAGACGAUUCAUUAUACAGCAAAGAAAAGAAAUACAAGAGACACUAUCAUACUUGAUGGAGGUACAACAAACCGAAUGGUUUAUUUCGUAACCGAAACUAUGCAUUUGCAUGAAACACUUCGCAUCAAGAAAAAGAUUGGCAGUUAUUAUAGACCGCUAAUUAUGAGAGAGAAGACUGUUGAUUUUGACAUAUUUCAUGUACAAGGAUUUAACGACACCUAUUUAUCACUACAUGGUAUAGACUUUAACAAUAUGCAGUUUUCUGAAAAGUCCAGUUUCCUAAAUAUCUUUGCAAAAGACAGAAACAUCUCAAUAUAUAUUGAUAUUAAUAACUGCAAUUUUCAAAAUGUUUCCUCUUUUCUUCUGAGUAGAAGCUAUACAAAUUCUACGCUUAAAAUCACUGUGAGAAAUUCUUUAUUUUUUCACAUUGCGCGUAUUUUUAGUGCUAAUUUGAUAGGAAAAAUAACUUCCGAGAUAAUGUUUAAUAACGUUAUGUUUAAUGGACGAGAAAUAGAACAUCGAUCUUACCAUAACGUAACUGGAAAUGUCAAUGUGAUAUUCACAAACUCGACAUUUAUAAAAACACAUUUUGUUCUCCAUUUUAUCAACGUAACUUCUGUAACAUUUAUGCAGUGUCAACUUUAUAGUCAUGGGUACAUUAAAACCUAUAAUACAGAUAUAACUGUUCGGAAUUCGAUAAUUUCGGGGAACAAAGCUGACUGUUUUCUUUAUGCCAAUCAAGGUAGAACAUUUAUCGCAAAUUGCACCUUCAAUAGAACGAAAAGCCAGAACCCUAUUUUAUCAAUAUUUGACAAUCAAAUGAGUAUAAUUAAUUCUACUUUUCUUAACAGUAACAGAACCAGGAUGGAUCGUUUUCGCCCAAGUUCCGCACUUUACGCUUACAACACAACUGGAAAGAUUUUGUCGUCAAAUUUCAUCAAUAAUAAAGCUUAUGGCGGAGCAUUAUACAUGGGAGAAAGCAGAGUCUUUAUAAACAACUCGAACUUCUUAAAUAACACUUCUUUCGACGGAGGUAGUGCUAUGGAAAUUUCCAAUUUCUCAACUAUUAGUAUUAAUAACUCAAAUGUAACUAACAAUACCGCGAUUUAUGGAGGAGGUAUUCGAAUUGACAGCAGCAGAGUGUCUUUGGUAAACAUGAAUGUAUCUAACAAUACCGCAAAAUUUGGAGGAUGUAUUGAAAUUGACAAAAGCAAUGUGUCUUUAGUAAACACACAAAUAACUAACAAUACUGCGAGAUAUGGCGGAGGUAUUCGAAUUUUAAAUAGCAACGUGUCUUUAGUAAACACAAAUGUAUCUAACAAUACUGCGACGGAUGGAGGAGCUAUUCGAAUUUUAAACAGCUAUGUUUCUUUGGUAAAAGCAAAUGUAGAUAAAAAUACCGCGAUGGAUGGAGGAGGCAUUCGAGUUUUCAACAGCAAAGUGUCUUUAGUAAACACAAAUGUAACUAGCAAUACCGCAAUUAAUGGAGGAGGUAUUCUAAUUGACUACAGCAAAGUGUCUUUAGAAAACACAAAUGUAUCUAAGAAUACCGCGAAAUACGGAGGAGGUAUUCUGAUUGACAACAGCAAUGUGUCUUUAGUAAACACAAAUGUAACUAACAAUAUCGCAACAGAUGGAGGAGGUAUUCAACUUUCAAACUGUGGUAUGUCUUUAGUAAACACAAAUGUAAGUAACAACACCGCGAUAGAUGGAGGAGGUAUUCGAAUUGACCGCAGCAAAGUGUCUUCAGUAAACACAAGUGUAACUAACAAUACCGCGGUAUAUGGAGGAGGUAUUCGAAUUGACAACAGAAGCGAAGUGUCUUUAGUAAACACAAACGUAACUAACAAUAUCGCGACAGAUGGAGGAGGUAUUCAAGUUUCAAACUGUGGUAUGUCUUUAGUAAACACAAAUGUAAAUAACAACACCGCGAUAUAUGGAGGAGGCAUUCGAAUUGACCGCAGCAAAGUGUCUUUAGUAAACACAAGUGUAACUAACAAUAUCGCGGAAAAUGGAGGAGGAGGUAUUCGAGUUGACAACAGCGGCAGAAGCAGCAGCAGCAGUAGCAAAGUGUUUUUAGUAAACAAAAAUGUAACCAACAGUACCGCAAUAUAUGGAGGAGGUAUUCGAAUUGACAGCAGCAGCAAAGUGUCUUUAAUAAACACAAAUGUAACUAACAAUGUCGCGACAGAGGGAGGAGGCAUUGAAGUUUACGGAAGUAUUGUGUCUUUAGUAAACACAAAUGUAACUAACAAUGUCGCGACAGAUGGAGGAGGUAUUGAAGUUUACGGAAGUAUUGUGUCUUUAGUAAACACAAAUGUAACUAACAAUAACGCGAGAUAUGGAGGAGGUAUUCGAAUUGGGAGAAGCAGCAAUUUGUCUGUAGUAAACACAACUAUUAAAUUUAACAAGGCAGGAACAGGUGGUGGUAUUAAUGCUGUCAAUUCACAACUUCUUGUAUAUUCAUCAGUAAUUAGAGAGAAUAUCGCAGAUGCCAUUGGGGGUAUGUAUUGUCUAAACUGUAAUGUCACAAUAAAUAACGUUAAUUUUGAUAAAAAUGUUGCUCUGGACACUGCAACUGAUCUGCGCUUAUUGGUUAAAAUUUAUCGAUCAUUUUGGUUAAACAUGAACAAUGUCGCUAUAAAAGCAGUUGGAAAAAGAUCAUAUGCUGUUCCUCCUGCCCUUGAUGUUCACUUGUCGCAUAUGAACAAUGUGAAGAUGUACAAUGUCAACAUAACAUUAUCUGGCGUCAAAGACAGUAUUCCACCCAUUUACCUUACACUUCCAAAGCAAACUAAUAUAUCCUUGGACUAUACAUGUCCGAUGUACUACAAUGCAUCUUAUUCAAGCUACGAGAGAGUAGAAGGAAGUACUUUCCAACAAGACGUAUCUCUUUAUGUAUUGUCUUGUCAACUUUGUCCUAGAAGCACAUAUAGACUCCAACCUUCAACCCGUAAAUUUCGAAUUUUGCCAGGUAAUAUAAUUAAGCACGUAAACAAACAAAUUCAAUGCUUCCCGUGUCCUCCUGGUGGGAAUUGCGAUGGUCCUAUCAAAAGUGAAGACCGAUUUUGGGGGUACGUAAAUCACAACCAUCCAAAGUUUAUUCCUUGUCCAGAACAAUAUUGCUGUUCUCAAAAGGAUAUAAAAUGCACAUCUAUUGAAAGUUGCGCUAGACAUAGAACUGGAAAACUCUGUGGAGAAUGCAAAACAGGGUAUCAGGUCAACUAUUUCGAUAACCAAUGUAUUACUACGAAUUCGUGUGCCAGUCAUGGAGCAUUUUGGAUGGUAUUUCUAAUCUUUGGAUUGACAUAUGCACUGCUAUUAGCAUACUUAAAAGAUAUAAGUUUCUUUUCAAAAUACUUUUUUGCGCUAGCUUUAAGAAAGGUUUUAAAGGUAGCAAAUCAUUCAAAGCAAAAGGAGAAAAGUGACUUCAACUUAUUAAACAAGCCCGGGAAUAGUUCUAUUAAUAAUAAUGAACACACCUUGAUUGAUAAUGAAGGUUUUGUUGUUAUAUACGGGUCACCGCCAAUAGACGAAGUGACGUCAUCGAAUCAUAAAUACUAUAAAGAGAACAGCAGAAUAUCCGGCAUAUUAAAAGUGUUAGUUGCCUUUUAUCAGAUCAAAUCAUUAAUUCAUGUCAAAGCAGAUGUACAAACUGAUGAAACAUCCAACUUUCUAAACACAUUGGCACUUGAAAUAUUCAACCUUAACAUACCAACAGAUUUUGUCAAAUUUUGCCCGAAAAAGGGAAUGACAGUUGUCGAAAAAAUCAUCAUAAAAGAAUUUUUGUUUCUUUGUUGUAUGCUUCUUUCAGCCUUUAUAUUAUUUUUGAUUGCAGCAUUGUUUCGCGUUAUGCGAAGAAACAGGACAUAUUACUGGAGAUACCGCAGAUUUCUACUUCGUGCAUCCAUUUGCUGUUUACAAGUUGUCAUUCUUGGUUACACAAUUUGGGCCAAAUUUUCUUUGCAAUUUAUUAAUUGCAGAAAUGUAAACGGAGAAUAUAUUCUUCAUGUAAAUGGAGAAAUCACAUGUUACACUCGGUGGCAAAUAAUUAAUAUCGCGUUUUUCGUUUUAUGGAUUUUGCCAUUCCCAUUAAGCUUGUGUGUAAGUGUUCGACUCUUUGAAAAUCACAAAAUCACUGCCAUGCAAUUCUUCUACUGCGUGUUCAUGCCACCGCUAACUAUUAGAUAUUGGUUUUUGGGAAAGUGUUGUCGACGUCAAAACGUAAAAAGCGACACAAUAUUGAAUAAAUACAUUCGCAAUAUGUUUCAAGAGCCGUUUCGUCAAUACAGAAAUGAUGAAACAUGUUUAUUUUGGGAUACAUGGAGAUUGUACCAGAGACUCGUUAUUGCCGUGUUUGCCACAUUUUUUAUCGACCCAAUGCAACGAUUGUGUUUCAUACUUCCAAUCAUGCUGUUACUACUGGUAGUUCAUUUGCGUGUAAAACCAUAUAAAUCGAAAUUCAUCAACUGGUUGGAAACGACAUCUUUAGUCAGCCUUUGUUUUCUUGUUGGAGCUAACCAAUUUCGUGCGUUUUUAUACAUGUACAGCUAUAAAAACCAAGAAAACAUUAUUUUAAUAUCAGCCGUUUUAAAUGUUAUGGAGUUUUUUAGUACACCUGUUACUGGCUUUGUGUUGUUUCUUGUUUGGAAAAUGUGCAAAAACAUUGCGUGUAAGGCAAAACGAUGUUUAUAAAGUUGGUUUGUGCUUCGACGCGUGAUUUAAAUGAGUGAAAUGCAUGGAAAUAUUGUCUCGUAUGAUAUAGGACGCAGUCAUGUAUGCAGAGCUGAGUGAGAAGACAAUAAUUUUUAACAUUUAUAAUUUGUAUGCGCUUUAUCCGAUAGUUCCGAUAGCAUAUAUUUGUAACUACGUGUUUUUAUAAGACGACAAUCUAUAAAAAAAACUGCGGCU